AUGGCGCCUACUCCGGCCGGAAUACCGGCCAUGGCGAAGCAGCCCACACCGAAAACCAUGUCCUCUCGCCUGAUGACCAUGAAAUUUAUGCAGAGAGGUGCUGCCGCAGCAGCGUCGGCGGAAGCCUCGGGAAAUAGUUCACCAGUACCCCCAAGGAGCGAUGAUGGUUCGACCAAGCGACGAAAGACUUCGCACACGCCUGUGGCAGGCCCUGCACCAGCCGCGCCGCUCUAUGACCAAAAGGCGAUUCAGUCUGCAUUAGAGGAGGAAGAGAAGAAGCGCCAGGCUGCCAUUGAAAAGCGGGCGGCCGAGCUGGGCGACUCGCACUGGGUACUGAAAGGCGUGCCCGCUCCUAAGACCAGCUCUCGCCCGCUCCUGAAUGUUGUUCAAGUUGGGUUUGCUCAGAUUGACCAUGCAAGCACGUCAGGAGGAAGCGAGGAUCCCUUUACGGAGGGCGACUCGGCGGCUUCGGCAAAAUUUAAGAGGUUCAACAUCAACAAGUCUAAAGCUCAGAAGAUAGGGCAGGAGGAGGACGACAGUAGCGAUUCCGAUUCCAGCUCCGACUCGGAGGACGCCGAAAAUGAGAAUCUGCCAGUGUCCGCGAGAGACGAGCCCGGCCGCGGCCGUCGAACUGCCGCAAGCGACCUAGAGCGCAAGCGGUCGAGAUCCAGCGUAUCAGGCAGGAGGGAAGAGGAACGGAGGAAGGCGCAGCAGCUUGCGGGCAAGAGGCGGAAAAAGGAUGUCAAGCUAAAUCAACUGACCUCCAUAUCAUCAGCAGGCUCACAGGCUUUUCAGCGGCCCUCCCCGGGUCUGUCUUGCCAUGGUUGUGGGAAACCCGGCCACAAGGUGGCAGAUUGCCCGAGCAAGAAACGCUAG